AAUUCAAGAAUCAGAACACGUUCGUAGCUGGGCCGCCAUGGAACUGUCAUCCGAGCCACCCAUGGACACGCUCUAUGCAUCGCAGAGCACUUCCGAGAACGAGAAAAUUCUUGUCCAUCCAGAUGGUAGAGGAUUCAACAUCCAUUUGCAAGUCAAUGGGAUAUCAUUACGGCCAAACUUGGUUCGUAUGAUGAAGAAAGGGGGGGCGUACGCCUGUCGCCCAGAGGAUGCAGACAUCAUUCUCGUUGAUUCUUCCCAACUCGAUGGAAAGCGUCUCAUUCGUACCUGGCAUCAGACCCCAGGGAAAGCCGUUCUUGAAUUUCAAUGGCUACGUAAAAGUAUCGAAGCUAGGAAACCUCUCCUUGAAGCCGAUGGCUGGGGUGGGACAGAAACUUUGGAUGAUGGCAAACCCAUCGUCGAAGUGGCUGCCGAUGGCGGAGAAGCAGAGGUCGAACAGCUCGUCUCAAAAAGUCCGCUACCUACGCCCCGCGUUACGCCUGAGGAACCACUUACAAAGAGAAUCCUUAAUAACGUCUCUGCAACUCCGGCUGCAUAUGUCCCUCUAAUCCCGAAUGAUCCAAGGCCAUCUCAGUCACCGCAAGAAGCUCCACUCGUCGUUUCACAAAAUCUACGGCAGCCUUCGGAACAUGCAGGCCAACCUAUGUAUAAUCACACACCAAGCAUUUCCCCACCUGUUCAAUCAUUUAAUACUCCUCAACCCAUUGCACCACCUCAGCAGCUCACUUCAGCAUUACCUUAUAAUUUGCAGGCUCCUCCGCAACCUCAGUCAGCACAGCCUGUCACACCAGCUUCAUUUCCGCAUGUCCAGUUCUCUCAGACUCCUCUACAAACCCAGUCAACACAAUCCGUCACGCCAGCACCUUUUAUGCAUCCCCAGUUUUCCCAAGUAUCUCAGUUUUCUCAGCCACAAUUUUCGCAAGCUUCACCGUUCCCUCAACAAUUUUCUGCUCCUCAACAACAAUCAUACCAGCUUGGCCAAUUUGCUCCGCAACAGCUUAUUUCUGGUCACAUGCCAUACAUACAGCCCCAAUCAAUGACGAUGCCAACGGGCAUGCCAUUUCACAACUUAAGGGACCCGCAGAGUUUUCAAAUGCUUGUGACUCUGAUGGAUGUUAUGAGGAACACCAACGGUGGUGAAUUCUUGCAGGCGGGACAGCCGUCACCUAUGUAUCCCCAAAUAGAAGCUUCAUCCAGUGCUCCGUCUGCCAUCCAUAACGAACAAACACCAGAUUCAAUCGUUGCUCCGGACCAACCCUACCCUCCUUCAUCGUCUUCUUAUAAAUCACGCAGCCCAACUCCCGACGUCGUUGUGUUGAAGUACCCGGAAAAACAACCUCGUCCUUCCGGACACAAACCUCGCACCGACAUAUCUUCUCGUGCGCCUUCUACAGUUUUGCCCCCUCCUUCAGUGAAGCGCAAAGCUGUUCACGAAGCCAUGUUACCCCCAAAAGCGCCAGGAAAGCCGCCUAAGAAACGAUCUCUCAAGGGCAAGGAACGUGUUUCAAUAUUCGACGAAUCUGAUAAUGACGAAGGUGCCCCUCCUACCGGUUCAGACGAUGUAUUUGAGCAGUCUCUUUUGAGCUCGCUGGGCCGCACGAAUGCAGGAAAGAAUUCUGGAGAGGUGUUUCUUGACGAUCAAGGGCAGCCUUUGACAUUCUUUGUGCAGGUUGAUCUGCAGGGGCGAUCAGGAGUGGUUUCGAACAUCAAGAAAAAUAAAGGCAAGAUCAUCGGGAGUAUUGCAGAUGCAGAUUAUGUCAUUCUCUUCACGCGCUCGCAGACAUUCCAAGGCCUCUUGAGUGAGGCCCAUGCCUGCGACAAGGUUCCGAUUCAGUCGGCAUUCGUUGCCGAUUGCAUCGCUGAAAACAUGUUGUUGGAUGAAAGCGAGUACAUGCUCGACACGGUCUCGACCAAAAAUGCGAAGCGCGGCAGACCAAGUAGCGCAUUUUUUGAAUUUGUGCAGGUGGAAGUUCCUUCUGCCAAGAAAGAAGGCCAGAAAUCUGCAUCAAAGCCGAAGCCAAAGCCAAAGCCAAAGCCGAAGAGGACCACGCCAACAGAGACGCCAACAAAGAAAGUGAAAAAGAUAUCAGCGCCCACUUCCCCGCAAAUAUCAGCAGCACCGCUGCCACCGUCCUCGAAGGAGGCAAAGUCCCAUCAUGCACGACGGUCUCCUACCCCUCCUCCCCCAGAGACGCGCAAAUCCAUGAGAGAUGGGAAGUUUCACUUUACGCAGCCAGAAAUUGAGUACUUCUGCCAGUAUGCUCAAUUCCUGCUCAAUGAAGACCCAACGAUGUCCACCACGGUCUUGCUUCAAGCUAUACACAAAAAGAUGCCGCAUCACUCAGUUGGGUCCUGGCAGAUGCAGGUGUCUUCGAAACUGAAAACACAACUUACUGAAAUUCGCAAGAGGGCAAAUAUUGCAUUUCGCAAGUCUUUGAAUGGGAAUAUCGAGAAAUCAACUGGGGAGGAAAGACCUGGCCCGUCCAAGAAGCCUCGAUUAGCUUCCCCUACUGUAUCGCAAGAAACUCUGGAACGAGAGGAUUUUGAAGUAAUCUGUGGAUUCUUUGCUAACGGUGGAGGGGACGAUAAUAAUGACGAGAGGGUAUGGGAAAAGUUAUCACAACAUCGACCUUGCAAAAGCGCAGAGUCUUGGCCAGAGUAUUACACGACACACCAAAAUGAAGUUUAUGCACAUAUCGAGGAGCUUGUACGCUCCUCCAGCUAGGUGAACGAUCCAUGAGUGACUUUGUGGUUUUUAUGAACCGUUCUGUCAUGCUGUAUCUUCAAGUAUCUGUUUGAAUGCACUUGAAAUUC